AUGGACUUGAAAAUCUCCCGUCCAAGGAAGAGACAUCUAAGGACUGAAACACAGCGCAUCAAAUGGUGGAACUUGAAGGAUCGAAAGGAGGUAUUUUUCACGUCCGUGGCUCCAUCUACACUUCCCCACCCUAGUUGUGGUGUGGAGGAAAUGUGGUCGUCUACUUCCAUACGCUUGACCGCGAAGAACACUCUAGGAAAGACGACUCUAGGUAAGCCCAAUAUACAAAAGGCUACGUGGUUUUGGAACGAGGACGUUCAGGCGGCAACUUGUGAGAAGAAGUCCAAGUAUAAGCUUCAGCGAAGGACACGUCAGCCUGCAGAUCGGGAUGCUUACCUGGCGAAGAGGAGGGAGGCUAAGAAGGCAGUCUCCUGGGUGAAGUCGGACCGCUACAAAGCUGUAUGCGACAUGCUUGCUACCAGAGAAGGAGAGCCGGCAGUGUCGUUUAGUAAGAGCGCGUCAUCGUUCAACGUUGGAUAUGGAGCACACCAAUAUCGUUAA